CAAGAACCGGUUUGUCAGGUCUACUGUACUCCGCCAUAGUGGUCGGAACGUCAUUAAAACAUCAGCAGCAUUUCUUGUAUAUUAGAAUGGACGGGUCAGGCGUAUCCUUCCUCGGCUUGACUUGACGUACUUUCUAUCGCAAAUAUCACAAUGGCCUCUAACGCUCAAAAAACCUUCAAGCUUGCCACCGGUGCUAAGAUCCCUGCUAUAGGUCUGGGAACUUGGCAGGAUGAGGCUGCCCAGGAGGCAGCAGUUCUAGUAGCUCUUCAGGCAGGAUAUCGCCACAUUGACACAGCAAGGUGCUAUGGUACUGAGCCAGCUGUCGGCAAAGCCAUAAAGCAAAGCGGUGUACCCCGGAGUGAGAUUUUUGUUACGAGCAAGCUGUGGAACAACAAACACCAUCCAGAUGAUGUAGAGCAAGCAUUGCAGAUGAGUCUGGAUGACCUGGGACUAGACUACCUUGAUCUCUUCUUGAUGCAUUGGCCUGUUGCCUUCAAACGUGGAGAUGAUCUGUUCCCGUCCGACAAAGACGGGAAUCUGAUAACUGAUGAUAUUGAUUAUGUCGAUACUUACAAAGCUAUGGAAGGCUUGGUAGAAUCCGGUAAAGCCAAGGCUAUCGGAAUUUCCAACUUCUCCCGACAGGAAGUUGAGCGCCUCCUUGCGAAUGCAACUAUUAAACCAGCGGUACAUCAGAUGGAGCUGCACCCAUGGCUCCAACAGGAGGACUUUUAUCAGUUCCACCGUGAGCAGGGCAUUCAUGUGACUCAGUAUUCGCCGUUUGGAAAUCAGAAUGAGAUCUAUGGAUCCCGCGAGAAACAUGGUCAGCUGGUCAAUGAUAAGACAUUGGUCGAAAUUGGGAAGAAGUAUGGAAAGACUUCAAACCAAGUCGCCUUAGCUUGGGGUAUCGCACAUGGGCGGUCUGUCAUUCCUAAAUCAAAGUCUCCAGAACGAAUCAUGCAGAACUUCGAUAUCGCCUUUGAGCUUGACCCGACAGAUAUCCAAAAGAUCGAUUCCAUCGACAAGAAGUUACGUUUCAAUGACUCGAGCAAAGACUUUAAUUAUGAACUCUUUACAGACCUUGACGGCAAGCAAAAGUGAGACUGUCUGGAAAAGAAACUCACAUUGUAGCUUUGAUGGUUAGUUAUGUGGGUUUUGGUCAAUACAUGCUUGCGGACUCGUGAAGUUUUGUAAUAUUC